GUGACUGCCAACAGCCAGCUCAAUGCCGAAUCCAGAAAUGUACCACAGAUUUCGUGUCCCUCACUUCACAUCUGAACUCUGCCACUGAUGGCUUUGACUCUGACUUUUGCAAGGCACUCCGAGCCUAUGCCGGCUGCACCCAGCGAACUUCAAAAGCCUGCCGUGGCAACCUGGUGUACCAUUCUGCCGUGUUAGGUAUCAGUGACCUCAUGAGCCAGAGGAACUGCUCCAAGGAUGGACCCACAUCCUCUACCAACCCAGAAGUGACCCAUGACCCUUGUAACUACCACAGCCACGGAGGAGUCAGAGAACACAGGGGAGGGGACCAGAGCCCUCCCAAUUACCUUUUCUGCGGCUUGUUUGGAGACCCUCACCUUAGAACUUUCAAGGAUCACUUCCAGACGUGCAAAGUGGAAGGGGCCUGGCCUCUGAUAGACAAUAAUUAUCUUUCGGUUCAAGUGACGAAUGUGCCUGUGGUCCCUGGAUCCAGUGCCACUGCUACUAACAAGAUCACUAUUAUCUUCAAAGCACACCAUGAGUGUACAGAUCAGAAAGUAUACCAAGCUGUGACAGAUGACCUGCCAGCUGCCUUUGUGGACGGCACCACCAGUGGGGGGGAUGGUGAUAUUAAGAGCCUUCACAUCGUGGAGAGGGAGAGUGGCCGCUACGUAGAGAUGCAUGCCCGCUACAUAGGCACCACCGUGUUUGUGCGACAGCUGGGUCGCUACCUAACCCUCGCCAUUCGAAUGCCUGAAGACUUGGCCAUGUCCUAUGAGGAAAGCCAGGACCUGCAGCUGUGUGUGAAUGGCUGCCCUUUGAGUGAAUGCAUCGAUGAUGGACAAGGCCAGGUGUCUGCUAUCCUGGGGCACAGCCUGCCACACACUGCCUCGGUGCAGGCCUGGCCUGGCUACACACUGGAGACUGCCAGCACCCAAUGCCAUGAGAAGAUGCCAGUGAAGGACAUCUAUUUCCAGUCUUGUGUCUUUGACCUGCUCACCACCGGUGAUGCCAACUUUACCGCUGCAGCCCACAGUGCCUUGGAGGAUGUGGAAGCACUGCACCCCAGGAAGGAGCGUUGGCAUAUCUUUCCCAGCAGCGGCCGUGCAGGACGCAGCGAUUUGUCUGUUGGUCUUGGACUCACAUGCUUGAUCCUUACUGUGUUUUUGUAGGGUUUUUGUUGUUGUUGUGUUUUUUUUUGUUUUUUUUUUUUUUUGUCUAUAACAAAAUUUUAAAUAUAUAUUGUCAUAAUAUAUUGAGUGAAAGAGUAUAUAUGUAUAUACCAUGUAUAUAACAGAUGUUUGUCCUGGAACACCAGAUUGUACAUUAUGUGUUUGACUGUUCUCACAUAUGUUGGUUAUAGUGUUUUUUUUGAUUGUACCAAUUUUGUUUUUGUGGUUUUGUGAAAUGUUUUAUAAUGUCCCUUCCUAGGGACCUCUUAGAAAGCACUUUAUUUUUUAUAUAUUAAAUAUUUAUGUGUGUACCUGGCUAAUAUGUACAGUGCAUAUUCACAGACACCACAGCCAUCCAUUUGAAGGUGACAGUUUGUAGCUACCCUGGGUGUUCUUCCUGCACUUCCCAUUGCUACUGAUUUGCCAAGGUACACAGUCUGUAAUGGAGCUGUCUCCCUUCCUUUGAAGUGUCAAUCUGAGAGGAAAGUUGUCCCCUCCCUUGUAAGUACUUUGAUUCUACUUAAGAGCUCUGUUUCUAACAACUUACUUUUCAGAACAUGGGGCAGAAGUGCUACAACUGCAGUUCUUGUUACUCAGUGACAUUUGAGCACAUGUGACCUGUGAGGUUGACCCUUCUGAAGCUGCCAUGUGUUAAGAGUCUGGUGAUGGUCAUUUCAAGUUGAUAACCAGGCAUCUCCCUACACCUGAGCUAGUCCCCCUAUCCCUUUUUAAGUUGUAGUUUCCCCCUCCUUUAACUCUUGAAGCAAAACAAAGUCAUCAGCUUAGUACAGUUCAUGCCUUGCUAUCCCUCUUUGCAAUUUGCAGAGAUCACAUUUGUAACUUUCUCCUCCUUGGCUGCUUGGAGUCCUAAUGGUGCUCUCUGGUUCCACCCCAGCGUCUCCUUAACUUCACCUCAGGAUUCCAAACUCUGGCUGUUAGUCUUCCUGUGAUAUUGAGGUCCAGGUAUAGGGCCUUCAGAACAGAAAAUCUUCCUUGGUGUGUAUUAGUAUACACUUGCCUGUGGAUGCUGUCGUCCUGACAUUCGUAACGAGGCAUUGCGCUGUCCAAGUGGUAUCUGUCUUCUCAGCUCUCUGCCAUCUUAACACCUACAGUUGAAUGUUAGGCAGUUGCUCCUGUCACUUAGUGAAAUCCCCAUAAGGUAAAGUCUCUCCUUGCCUCUCCCAUCCCAUUGUUGGUACCAACUAUAAAAGAAUUAACAAAAGGCUGUGAGAGUAGCAGAGUCAACUCCUGAAUAGAUAGGUUUGUAUUGUUAUAUCUAAAUGUGAGUGUUUGGUUCCAAGAAGUAAUAUAAUUUGUGUUUCAAUAUUUAACGUUUACAGUAAUGCAAGCAAAAGAUACGAACUUAAAAUACUGUAGUUAUUCUUUGCCAUGUCCUGUUGGCCAUUGGCACUAACAGAGUCAGGCUAGCAGCAGAAAAGGGUAUCAUUUUGUGAAGUGGUAUCAUCACAGGGUGAGAUUGUGUGUUCUUUCUAGAGGUGGCAAACCCUUAGCUUGGGGAAAAUUAUGAAGGCACCCUAAAUGAAUUCCAGAGAGCUGGAAUCUAACCCUGUAAAAGAGGGGUCCCUUUAGGAAAGCUGGACUAGGAAGGACUGACCAACCCUGAGCUCUGAAACAUGGCCACUUUUGUUCAUCUGUGGAGCCGUAUGCCAAGUUCAGAAGCUUGUCACUAGCUAGUAACUUAUGAUUGAGUAGAACAAGGAAGGGAAGAUGAUGUCAGAUACUUUUAACCACUAUUUUUGUGCAAAUAGUAUAAAAGGUAAAGUAAAAAUCGAUAGAAGUUUCUACAGUGUCUGGCAUUAGUGUGAUUGAUACACCUUUAUCCUUUUGGGGAGAGAACAAAACCACCACCUCUACUGGCAGACUGGAUAAGAAAGUUUGUUUAGCUGUAACGUUUAGCAGAAAAGGGUGCCCAUGAUAUGUACUACACAUCGGUAGUACCAGUAAUACAGUGUGGCAGGUGGUUCUCCCUCAUAAUCAGUGUCUCUGUACGACCUUUACAGUCCCCAAGGAUAAUUUUUAGAAAUAAAGUAUUUCUGUAGAGAAGGGCCAGGUUUUCUUUGGGGUUUCUACGAACAUACUGCUUGCACUUGUUUAGCCAGAAUUUCAGACCAUGCCAGCGUAUGAGUAGGCUUUGGCUCUUCACAGGUCUCCUGGGAGAGCUUAAAACUUGGGCCAAAACACUGAUUUCCACAGAUCUACAUGUGAUUCUUUUAGAGAAGACUCAAAAACACUUUUUGCCCUCUUCACUGUGCUUGGAAACCCCCACAUUGUGCCGAGUCUUUACAGAGAAACCUGUAGAUGUGGUUUGUAGGUAUAUGAGUAAGUAUCUGUGUAAAAACAGUGGGUAUGCAGUAUGUAAAUACGUUUAAGUUAUUAUGCUAGAAAAAUAAAGUUACAGACCACGCUGUUGAAUGUUUGUUCCUUGAUUUUAGUGACACCUGCUGGAAGAGCUGAGAACCCCUCUGCAGAAGGGAAGGAGUAAGGGUGUUAAUAAGAUCCUAAUAGGUUUUCACAAGAUGGACUCCCUGCCCCCUAGCUCAUUUGACUGCUACUGUAGUUUUUCCUUUAUAACCUUUACGCAAGUACAAAUAAAGUAGUGUCUGUGAGACUG